AUGCCCACAGUACCGGGUCAGCAGCCCAUGGCUGGCCGCUCGCAAGCCGACGAUUCCAAGACGGCAGAGGAGCGGAACAAGUGCGCUCUUGCUGACAAAGUGGGCGUACACGGCUAUUGGAACGCCAUCGAAUACUGUUAUGAACGUUACAAGAAGGAGGGCAGACCCGAUCCUCGUCUGGACUUGAACGCCUUGCCGCCGAAAGGGCCGAGGCCUGAGUACGUCGCGGCAGUGAAAUCGAUAGGCAAGGCCCUCGCCUACGUCAUCAAGCCAGAGGCUGCUACGGCUUUCGCCAGGCCUAUCCCGACGAAAACGUGGACAGGCAAAAUCGGGGCUGACAUGUACGAGGGUGAACGGAUGUUCAACGAUGUGGAAUACCUCGUCUCCUCCGACUCCACGAUAGCGUUCCUAAACGCCAAAGGAAGUCCAGAACUUAAUGCCGCCCUAAAGCAACAACUGGAAGGUCGUUCGUCAGGGGAGCGCGUGCACGCCAAGAACGGCGGAAGCCUGGGCGCUUUCCGAGCCAACCUACGUUCCAUGAGCUGGGAGGCGCCCCUUGGACGCAGCAAGACCCGAUGUCGGGUUAUGAUAUGGAACGGCAACGAGCUGUGCGUCUACCACGACGGUGUCCACGGUCGAGUGAAGGGGGCAAGGCGAGAAGACACGCGCUCGGAUUACGACGAGGUGGAGAGAGACGCUCUAUCCAUGAUAGACGACGUCGUGGACGAACAGGCGUAUGUCGCCAAUGCUACGGGCGACGUGCUCGUGAUGCUCGCUCUGGGAGAGAACUACACGUAUGCUGUAGACUUCGCCAAGUACAUAAUCAACGCGGCGAAGGUGUGCUACGAGCUGUGCUGCCCCAUGUUUGACGUGGCGGAUCGCGCGCAGGGUCCGAUGAUGAGCCAUGUCAUGUCCACCAGCGGCCGCCACGUGCGCUGCCAGGUGGGGGAGUUGCUACCAUUCGGUGAUAUUGAAGCGCCGCAAUACAUGCCGCCCGAGUCCGCCAACAUAAACUCGAAGGACUUCUUAUCAUGGUUGGUGGAACAUCAUGACGACAGGCAGGCAUGGGCGGACCGACGCUACACUACAGUGCCGUAUGACGACGGGGUGGACAUUUACGGAAUGGAACUGGAAGCAGGCUCUCCCAUGGAGGCCUUGCCCUUCAACCACAACAUGAAGAAUGUGAUUGGGGCAGUCGAAAAAGGAACGACCCUGCUGUUCACGGCAAAGUCUCGCAGACCAGCGCAGUUCUACGAGGCCGAUGACUGGUACGAUGGGCUGAAAGGACGUGUGGCCGCUCGUGAGUGGGUGCUGGCCAGAAUGCGCCUGGCGCGUUCUCCACGUAGCACGGCGCAGUGCUGCCAGAGAACGGCUAUCGAGUACUUGGUCACGUGGCGUCUGCACACUUCAUCAUUUGCGAAUCUGUCGUGCUCUGCUCUGUUCGAUUGGGGUAAAGCGCGACUUGUUGAACAUGGAUAUUGUGCCAUGCUGGAGAUUCCGUUCUUAUGGCCUGACGGUGUCCAUGACUAUGUCAGGCGGGGAGAGUGGGAAACUUUGCCCCAUGUCACAGACGUCCGGAAGCUCUACGCGCUCCUGAACACUGGUUUAUUCCUCCCUUUCAGGGAGAGAUGGGGUUGGAGGGUCAAGACUGAGCAGGAAGCGAAGGUUAAGCGUCUUGCUGAAGGAGUAUAUGCCUUCGGCGAGACCGACAUGAUUUACGAAUUUCACCAACGUUACAGCCAUGGCGCGGAACUCUGGAGCGACGGCAAUCUAGUAAUCAUGGACUUCAAGGUCACAGCCCCGCUGGCGGUAACAGGUGGUUCCCGCCCCAUCGACGCGGAGACGAAGGGGAAGAAGCAAUGCGUGUGCGACAGGCCUGAACUCAUAGUUAGGAAGUCGCUAAGACUGUACUUCAUGACCUCCAGUCAAGCCAACCAGCGACAGCUCUGGGUUUUUCAUCCGCAGCAUUCCCGCCACUACGAGAUGGACUACAAGGCGCUUGUGGGCCCCUCUCCCGCUCCAGAGGAAGAUGUUGCGCAGUGGCAGAUUGAUAACGCGAUAACCGACCAGAUGCUAAUGCAACAGCCUCGCACGGAUCUCGAGAGGGCAACCGUGCGGAGGCAGGUGCGAAGCCUCUUUCAAUCGACGAGACAGAAGGAUAAUGUUGCCGAGUUCGACCAGCUGAGGAGGAUACACCUACGAUUCCUGGAAUUCGGGGACUGGAUGCACCGUGAGUUGUACUCCGACCUUUUGAUCACCGAGCACUUCGAUGCGCCCAUCCUCGUGGCCCAUGGCCUUCAG